UGAUCAGAAUAAUGCAUAGAAUAUUAUUUUAGGAUAUGGAAAUGCUACAAUCUUACAACCCUUGGGGUAAACCAGGAGCUGGAGCUAAACCGGAUGAUCCCAAAAGAAAAGUUUAUCCGGAAGGAAGAAUACCAGGAGAAGAUGAAGAUGAUACAAUGGAAGGGUUCAUAAAAAAGUUUGGUCGCCCUGGUAAUGGAGCUCCAAAUAGAACAGACUCCGGUACAAUACGCACGCAAAUAACUGGUGACCCUGCAAUCAGAUUUCAAGAUACUCAGCAUGUACGACUAAGUAUUGAAAACCAUCUGAGGUAUAAGAAAGAAGACAAAGAAAAUUAUAGAGGGAACUUGGACGAGUUGAUUCAACAAAAGUUACAAAUCAAGGAAAAGGAAAAGGAAUGGGAAGACAAAAAAUUUGAAGAAAUGAAAGAGCUGUAUCCGUUUGGGAAAGAAACUGACAAUGGUGGGUCUUAUCUAUGUCAUUCAGAUCCAAUGUUUAUGUCAACAAGGCCUAGAAGAAAUGUGGCGAACAGUGAUGAUUUUGAUCCAUGGGGUAAAGGAUUUGGUAAUCCUGCAUGGGACAAACAGGGUAACGUUCAGAGGCAUAAAUUUGUCCCUUCUGCUGAAGAAGGAAUUCCAGAUCACGAUGUUGGUUUGGAAAUGCCAUGGGGGAUGAGAAAAAAUCGAGGUGGGGAUGGUGCACCACAUAUGACAGAGAGCGGACGCCCGAAAGCACGUUUACGCAAUACUCUCAAGAAUAUAAAGUCAUUAGGACCCCAUAUAGAUGACACUCCAGAUGCUUAUAAUCCAUGGGGAAAGCCUGGAGCAGGAGCACCAUUUGUGCGGGAAGACGAAAAGCCUUUCGAAGAAAAAUUAGGAUGGUCAAUGACUGGACACCCGAAAAAACGAAGUAAAGAAGCAAAACAAGAAUAUAAAGAAUUUUUAGAACAAGGAAUGGAGGAGAAGAAACGGAAAGAUCAACAAGAACGAUUAGAAAUUCAAGAACCGAUUGUUCGAAUUCGACAACCUCAGGGGAUGAACAAAGGAACAUCGGGUAUUGAACUAGCUAGCAUAAUUCGUCGAGGCGUUGGAGGCCGCCCUAACAAAGACCCAAUAACCGGUGAACUCCUACGUAGUCCAAGAAAAUUAACAGAUGUUACUCAAGAGCGUCUCGAUAUAAGAAGAGCAAAAUCUCAAGAAAGUCUUUUAUACUUCAACGAACUUUCCCAACAAGCUGCCCAAAGACAACAAAUGAGGCAACAACAGAAACAAAUGGAGAGAGCACAAUCUGAAAAACAUGUUAGUACAUGGGAUUCGUUUUGGGGAAGACCUGGUCAUGGAGCUCCAAGAAAUCCCGAAAAUCACAAAAAAGAAAAUAUCGACAACCUAUUGAACAAAGCGAAAGAGACGCAACCUUAUGUGAAGCAUUAUAUAACAGAAAUUGUUCCCAGCAAACAUAAAAAUAGAUAUGAAUAUCCAACGAAAGAUGCUAUUGUUGUUAAGAGAGAAUAUGAAUUUAGGACGCCUUUUCCAGCUGCAGAAGCUUAACUUUGACUUUGUAUUUUAUGAAAUGUUUGUUAUUCUUAACAAUUUUUAUACACAUCACUUAUAUUUAACUUUUCCUAUUAUGCACUCAAACAAUGUGUGCUUCAAGACUUUUAUAACGCUAUUAAGAAGUUUGAAUAAAUAAAUUGAUACAAAUAAA